AUGCGUUAUAAAGAACAUGGUAUUGUUAUUGAACCGAAUGAAAUUCAAUUUUCACAUGUGUUACAAAAUAAUGCUUAUCGACAGAUAAUACAUGUUAAAAAUGUGGGAAAUAAAAGUAAACGUAUACAAAUAUUUCGACCUGCUAUCAAGGAUUUUCAAUUAGUUGUUAAUAAUCCCGACCAGCCAGUUCCGCCUGGUCUUGAAGUGACAGGUGUUGUUGAAUAUAUCGCAAGAUCCAAUCAAGAACAGCGUGAUACUAUCGUUGUUGACAUUGAUGGACUAGAAAUACAAAUUCCUUUAUUAGCUUUUCCUGCACGACCAGAAAUAUUUGUGGAUGAAUUGGUUAACUUUGGCGUUCAUGUCGCUGACAAUAAAACAGUUUAUAAAAAAAUUCUUGUUAGAAAUACUGGUAGUACGCCUGCACCAUAUAGAAUUGAGUAUAAAGGUGAACAUCCAAUAGGAAUUACACCACUUUCAGCAAUGGUUCCACCUAAUUCGUCUAUUCCGGUCGAGGUAUCUUUAUUAACAUCAUCGGUAACAGAUAUCAAUGACAUUGCUAUAUUAGAUGCAUGUCAUCGAACGCAUACGAUAAAAUUAAUUGGAAAAAUAAUGAAUCGUCGUUUAUGUUUACUUCACCCGAAAAGUGAUGAAGAAUUACAAAAACUUAAUUUUGGUUCAUGCUACUAUGGUUGUGAUCUUACAGCAUUAGCUAUUCUAUAUAAUGAUUCACCUGAGUCCGUUGCUUAUUCAGCAUUAAUCGAUGAUUCAAAACCAUCAGAUUCAGAUAAGAAAGGAGCAUCUGAUGUUGAAUAUACGUUAAAUCCAUUAAAUUCUAUUAUUACUGUAUUUCCAAAUCAAGGCAUACUCAAUCCAUUUGAAAAACGUGCAUUAUUCUUUCGUUUUAGCCCAAGAGCUUAUCCACCAAAACAAGCAUUUUCUGCUACACUUGAUUUACCACCAAAACGUGAUAUUGCUGCUUUUAUGUAUUUCGAAUUAUUAGGUGCAAGUCCUGGCCUAUCUAAUAUUGAGCAUAGCAAAACAAAACUUGAAAUAGCUGUAGCUGGAACAGCAUUACCAGUUAUAUUAUCACUCGAACCGCAGGCAUUACAUUAUCCAACAACAUACAUUGGACAAAAAGAAGAGAAAUAUAUUCAUAUUUACAAUCAAUCUGAUCAUAAAUCAAUUGAUUUUCGUUUUCCAUCAAUUGCAAAUUUUGCUAUACAACCAGCAAGUGGAAAAUUAAAACCAAGAGAAAAAUUACAAGUUCUUGUUACAUUCAUUCCACAUCAAAUUGGUAAUAUUAAUAAAACACUUGUAUGUGAAGUACUCGGUGCAGUAGUGAAUCCUAAUACACCGGUUUAUACACAAUCAAAACCUAUUCAUCAAGCUCAAUGUCUACUAGCAGGUUAUUCAUCGGCUAUAACUGAAAUACCAGUAGAAAAAUUUAAUAUGGGUCUUAAGCCAAUGAUUUCUAAUGAAGUCGGUGCUAAUGUAAUUACAACACAUGAUUCAUUAAAACGUUUUCAUCCUCGUGCGGCUGUUUUAAAUAGUGCUAAUGACACUUCACAUAAUCAGCGAGCAUCAAAUUCAUAUUUUAAUAAUUUUAAAAAGCAUAAAGUAUCGUUUCCAAACGAUCGUGCAAGAAGCAUUGCUCCAUUUAAUCGGGAUGAUAGCUUUAUAACACCAUUCACUAAAGAGCAACGAUAUAAUUAUGUUGAUCCAGAUUAUGCAUAUACAGAUGAAGAAAGAAAACGAAUUGAAAUGCAUAAUAAUAUGUAUAAUCAAUUAUUUGAUGAGCAAAGAUUUCAACGAUCAGAAGUUAAAAGAACAAAAGAACAUAAAAAAUAUGAUGAUGAUAUUGACCUUGGAAUUAAGCCAGCCAAUGGACUAGAAUCACCACAUAUUACUUUAGCGGAUGUAGAAAAAAAUGUUAAUAAAGCUAUAAUUCCAUCUUAUCCUAAUUGGAAAUAUCGUUUACCAACAACAUCUGAAUUGGCUGAACAAGAACAAACAUUACUAAGUAAACCAAUAAAAGAAGGUCUUAAUUCAGUACCAGCAACGCAAAAAGAAAAAAAUGAUUCUGCUAUACUGUUACCACCGAGUCAAUUAUUUAAAAUUGUUGUUGGACCACCGGAAUUAAAUUUUGGUGAAGUCUGCGUAAAUGCACCAGUAACAAAAUUUUUAUCAGUUCUUAAUAAUCUCGAUCAAUUUAUUCUCGUUCAAAUUGAUGUUGAUUCAUCUGCUUUAAAAAUGACAUCACCAUUAAGUCAAGUAAUACCUGGAAAAUCUCAUGUACAAUUUCCAGUAACAUUUGAGCCAACAGAAAUUGGUCUUUAUCAACGGUCACUAUCGUAUAUAAUUAAUAAUUUCUAUCGUCAUUAUGUUAAAAUCAUAGCCGAUGUUCGUGUACCAACUGUACAAUUGUCAACAGAAAAACUUCUCAUACGUUCAUUACCACAUCUUUUAGCUGAAGAUUCCUUUCGAAAAGUUGUUCAUUUAUAUAAUCCAUUAAAUGCACCAGCCGAAUUUCGUUGGAUACCUAUUGUUGGACCACGAGGAACAGCAUUUUCAAUUCGUCCAGCGACAGGAAUUAUUGAACCUUAUCAAACCAUUGAUAGUGAAGUUGUUUGGUAUGGCAGUACACAAGCACCAUUAGAAAAUUAUUUUACAUUACAUAUUUUCUCAACGAAUGAUUCACGCAAAGUAGCGGUAAAUAAUAAUUCUGUAGUACCAAAUAGCGAAACAGCAUUAACACUACAAUGUAUUGCACAAGUUGGUAAAGCAAAAUUUAAAAUUCCUGAAAAACGUGUUAAUUUUGGCUUAAUACCAAUCAAUAUGACAACGAAAAAAUCAUUUACCAUUGUUAAUGAAGGAACAAAUCAUCUUUUCUAUCAAAUAACGGAUCCAAAUCCAUGUUCUGGUGUUAUUAUAAGUCCAGACAAUGGCCUUGUUUCAGCUGGUUCACAAACAAGUAUAACAAUUGAAGUUACACCUAUCGAAUUAAUUAAAUUCGAUAUAAAAUUUGGCCUAAAAGUUCUUGGACAACGUGAACAAGAAAUUCGUAUGACAGGCGAUGUUGUUGAGCCAACUUUGAAUAUUCCUGAAACUGAAUUUAACUUUGGUGGUGUACCAAUAUUAAUGAAAGCAAUGAAACCAUUUUGUAUCGAAAAUAGGGGCACUGUUAAAGGAAUUGUUGAGAUAAAUCUUUCCAAAUAUCCUGAUUUCAGUAUAAAAACAAAUCCAGUUAUUGGUAAUGAACAAUGUUGUGUAAAAAAUGGCCAAGUUUAUAGUAUAGUUGUUCAACCAGAUGAAACUAUUGAAGCUGAACUUAUUCUUAUUCCAGCUGAAAUUGCUUUCUAUGACUUUCUUCUUCCAAUUCGUACAUGUCCACCAUUACUUAAUGUUGAAGGUUUAUCUCAAGCAUCGAAACCUGAAUCAGCAUCGCAUCAUCAUCGUGAAUUGAGUGCAAGCGAACAAAAAGCUUUACAACCAUCACAUCCACCUAUAAAUCGUCGUAUACGCGCAACAGCAUUAUCUGAUUGUUUACAAUUGUCAACAAAAGAAUUACAUUUUCAAAUGUAUUCAACACAAUAUAAUGCUAUGAAACAAGGUGCCUAUUGUGAUUGUAAAGAAAUUAUUUUAAUCAACAAUAGUAAAAAACAAAUACAUUGGCAACUUGAUUUACGUGAUAAUGUAGCAUUAGAUGAUGAUAUAUUUCGUGUAUUACAUUCAUCAUUGGUACCAUUUAUAAGUCCAUCAACAAAUAUUGGACCCGAAGGUGAAAUUGAACCAAAACAAAUGUUUUCGUUUAAAAUUAAUUUUGCACCAAAAAAACCGGGAAUAUAUAAAGCACGUAUACCAUUUUAUACAAAUCAUAAUCAAGAAACACCCUAUACAUAUAUUGAAUUAACUGGAGAAUUAAUAAUGCCGAAUUUAAUAUUUGAACCAAGACGUUUAAUUCUUCCUCCUGUGCCACUUGAUAUUGAUAGUAUUGGAACAGUUCGAAUGCGAACAAAAGGUUUUGAAAAAAAUACAAAAUUAAUUAUUUUAUCGCAUGUUAAGCCAAUAGAUGUUUCAUAUGAAUUUCAUGCAUCAUUUCCUGAGCCAGCUAUAAUUAACAUCGAUAAACAACAAGAUUUUUUGAUGAAAAUAUGUUUUAGUAGUAAUCAUUCAUAUUCUGAACAGAUUAUAGUCAAAAUAAUUGAUGAAGAAAGAAAUUGUUUCGAAUAUGAAGUUUAUGUUACUGCUGAUAAUUCAAUAUUUACAUGUUACUCAUUCUUAUGGAAAUCCGAAAAUGAUUAUCAAAUUGUUGUACAACCAGGUCAAAUAAUGAAAGGAAGUAGAAUUAGAUCUGAUGAGAGUAAUUCAAGUGGUGAGCCACUUUUAGUUCAAAAACGUACAGUAACAAGUUCAAAUUCAAGACCAAAUACAAGUACAAGUGCAACAUUCGAUCAAGUUGAUCAAACAUCUGAUGGAACAUCAACAGAUGAUAAUAUAUCAGCACAGAAUCGUAAUGAACGUUCUCCGACGCCAUAUGCUCGUAUUCGUUCUGGCUCAUCGAAUACAUUUAAUCACGCAACAACUUUUAGUCAAGAAUUAAAUGCUGUUUCAAUACCAUACUUAGAUAAUGACUCCAAAACAUUCCAAUGGCUUGUAUCAACCCUUGAACGAUGGUAUUCAAAUCAAGGUUGGCCUAAAGGUACACACGUGGCUAAAGUUCCUCAAUCAUUUCGAAAUGCAUUAUUUAAACGACUCUUUGAAACAGUCGGAACAAAACAAAAUGCAAAAGAAGAACAAAAAACUAUAUAUGAUAUGAUAACACAUUUAAGUGGUCAUUCAUUACCUGGUAUACCACAAAAUUCUGUACCACCCAAGAAAAUGGAUGAAGCUACAAAACAAUACUUGUGGCAACAUCGUUUAUUAUUAUUAUUUUUAAAAACGCAAGGUUCUUGCACAGCUUUUAUUCGUCCCGAAUAUCUUCUUCCGUUCGAUUUAUACAAUGUUUAUAUACAGAUGCGUGAAACGGCUCUAUUGGCAACUAUAUCCAAUGAACAAAAAGAUAAUGAAUUUGCUCAAGAACAUACCAAACCUCUUCAUUUAUCUCAAGAAGUUUUUGAAACGGUAUCAAAGAAAACAUGGGUAGAUGUACUUAUGCAGACAAUUAAAAGUCUUGUACUUGGUCGUAUCACACCCAAGUCAUAUGAACAAUUAGGAAUACCCGAUCGAAAUAAACUUAUGCCAGACAUAAAUACUGAUCCAACAUCAAGUAAUAUUUAUGGUAUUAGUGAACGAAUUUUAUUAACAUGGCUUAAUUAUUGUUAUUCAAAUUAUCGUGAACAAGUUUGGUCACAUCGUGAACAAUCUAACAUGCCAUCUGGGCGAUGGAUUGUCAAUUUUGAUAUUGAUCUUGUUGAUAGUAUUGUACUUGGUACAGUUCUAGGUGCCUAUUGUCCAUUUUUAAUUGAAUCCCAUCUUCAACGUAUGUAUGUUCAUCCAACAACUGGUGAACAAUAUUUACAAAAUGCACUCAUCAUUGUUUCUUGUCUGCUACAAAUUGGUAUUGAAUAUGACCUUCAAGCAUUAGAUAUAACCCGUGCUGAUCCCAUAUGCAUGUGUUUACUUGUCUGCUAUUUAUAUGAGCAUUUGCCGGAUUACUUAUCGAAAGGUAGAAUACAAUUUGGUGGAGUUUUACAUGAACCAUCAACAUCACAAGUUAAAAUAACAAAUCCAAGUACACAAACAUUAGUCUAUUCGAUGAGUAUUGUUGGUCGGGAUGCUGAUGAAUUUCAACUUGUUAAAGGUGCAACAUUAAGUAUACCAGCUAAAACAUCAUUGUUAGUGAAUAUUCAAUCGAAAAAUAAACGUCUUCGACCAACUGAAGCUGUUCUAUUAUUAUAUGGAAAACGAACAAGUACUUAUCCAGGCUCAGCUAUGGUCUUCUAUCUACAAAGUUCAAUUCAAACAAUUACACCCAAGAAAACUCAUCGCAUAGAAGCACCACUUUAUAAAAUAACAAAAUCAACAAUUGAAAUAACAAAUCCAUUUGAUCAACAUGGUAUGUUUCAAGUCGCUAUUGUUAAUUCAUCGGAAAGCACACAAGAAAUGAGAAAUCCAUUGGUUGCAUUAAAUGACGAAAAUAAAAAUGAUUCAGUGGAAGAAUUAUUUCAAAUUUUAAAGAAAAAUAAAAAAAGAUCCAAUCAAAGCAAUGAAGCUGAUUGUUUUUUUAUUGAGCAUACAUCAGUUGAAUUAAAAGCACAUGAAACAAAAAAUUUCGACGUUCAAUAUAUUGCAACAACAGCUAAACGCCGGGAAGCAUUACUUGUUUUUAUGAAUGAAACAAUAGGAGAAUUUCUUUUCCUGAUCGAAGGUGUUCCAAAGAAACCUGAAGCAUUUCCUGUAUCCAGUGACAAAGCAAUGAAAAUUGAUCAGAAGAAAAUCAAAGUAGAAAAGCUACGUUUCAAAGCUGUAGUUGGCAUAUCAAAUGUAUUUGAUAUUGAUAUUCCCGUACAAAAUAGUCAACGACAAAAUGCUCUAGUUGCUGUUCGAUGGCAGGGUAUGUCAGAACGUGAACGGCAAAAGCAAACAUUACUUGGUUUAACAAAUCAAUUGCCGGAUUCUUCAAAAAAACCUUUUCAUCCAUAUUCACGUUUACCCGAGUUUAAAGUUCAAUCGUCGUCAACAACAAAUAACUUUAUUAUUCCAACGAGUUUAUCAUUGCCACUCGAAGAGCUAUUAGUUAAAUUACCAAUACGUUUUCAAGCUGAUAAACCAGGUCUUUAUUCAACAAAAGUUUCUUUAACCUGUGGUGAUGAUAUACGUGAUUUUGACAUUGAAAUACAUUGUAUUACACAAACUGAUAAUGAAAAGCAAACAGCUACAUUACAAAUGAGAACAAGUGUAUUUACACCUGUACAACAAAAUAUUCCAAUUGCUAAUUCAACUGAAGACGAUUGGAAUAUGACAGUCGUAUUUUCGGGUAAUAAAUCAUUUUCUGGUCCAAAAACAUUUCAUGUUGAAGCUAAAUCUGUCUAUCAAUAUCCAUUAACAUUUCAUCCACAAGUUGAAGACGAUAAAUUUCAUGCACAAAUGAUAAUUAGCAACGCCGAUACUGGUUUUACACAAGCAUAUAAUCUACGUGGUAAAUCGGAUCGUGGACCACCUAUCGGCCAUUUACAAUUGGAAAGUAAAGUUGGUGCAACAACAACUCAUUCUAUUGAUAUAUCAAAUAAAAAAUCAAAGAAAACUGCAUAUUUUGUUACAUGCAAUCUACCAUUCGUUCAAGGACCGCCCUAUGUUUGUGUUCCACCUAAAAAAUCUGCUCGAUAUAACUUUGAAAUUUGUCCACCAAAACGGGGCACUUACAAAGGUGUUGUCGUUUUUCAGCCAGGGCCAUGGCCUAUUAAAGACGUCGAUUCAGAUGGUGAUGAAAUUCCACCACUUGAACCAGAGGAUCCGACUGAUUUUAAAUAUUCACUUUGGUUUACUGUUGAGAUAAAUGUUCAACCACCGGAUGCUCAAAGAACAGUUGAUUUAUCAGCACCAUGUUUAGGUACAAAUUCAUUAAUUAUUCCAUUAAAAAAUCCACUUGAUCAUCCAAUACGACUAGAUGUUGAUUUUCAAACAUUGCAGGAUGUUUUUGGUAAAGAUUCUAUUGAAUUCGAAGCAAAUGGUGAAGAUCGUUAUGAGCUUAUAUUCAAACCGAAAACUGUUGGAAAUUGGAAUGGAGGUCUUGUUUUUUAUAAUGAUGAAAUUGGUGAAUUUUGGUAUGAACUUAAUUUACUUAGUACAAAUCCACAACGAGUGGAUUUACCAUCAAUGUCGGCUCCACUGGGGGGAACUUCUACACAAGAAAUAACGAUUGAAAAUCCACUUGAUGAACAAGUUACCUUUCAAACAAUAUUAUCAAAUAACAAUAAUUUUUCAAUCAAUGGCGAUCAAGAUACAAUAACAGUUCACCCAAGAAGUCAAGCCAAAAUCAAUGUUAUAUUUAAUCCAUCAUCAAUUGGAAAUGGAAAUGAACAAAAACAACAAUCGAAAAUUUCUUUUGUUAAUGAUAAGCUUGGCACCUUGAAAUAUUCUGUUAAAGGUGUUGGCACAAAACCUCAAAAGCAACAACAUCCUAUUAUUUUAAAAAGUGAAACUGGCGUUAGUUCAACAGCAACAAUUGAUUUUCAAAAUCCAUCGAAUCAUCCUAUUCGAUGUGAUCUGUCACUUACGUCAGGAUUCAAUACUUCAUUUCGUAUUUUACUUGAUAAAACUGAAAAUGUAUCAAUCGGUGCACGAGAAAAAUUUAACAUUCCAAUUGCUUUUUGUCCUGAAACUUUAUCUCGACAAGAAACACAAUUACGGAUUAUCGGUCGAUUACCAGAAGGAAAAACGUGGUCUCCAGACAAUGCUGAUGCAUCCGAACUUUCAUGGACGUAUCCUUUGCAAGGCAUUGCUUUCAAUUGGAUUCAUCAACAAGGUGAAGACGAAACGCAAUUGAAAGUAAUUGAAUGUAUAGCUGGUGAACGAAUUGAACAACAACUUGAAUUUGAAUUAAAUCGACAAUUAUUUCGUUUUGACAGUCGAACUUUAAAUAUGAAAAAAAGUCCAACUGCUAUUGAAGAUUAUACAGUUAUGAAUGAACAUAUGUCUAAUCAAGAAUUCAUUCAAAAUUCAGUUGGCAUUCAACUUCUUAAACGCGACAAUGAUAAAACUGAUAUUGCUCGUUUCAAUAUUGUUUAUACCCCAUCAAAAUUCAUGACUAUGGAUUGUGUACUUGUUUUAACGCUUGCGACUGGUGGUCAAUUAAAAUAUCCAUUAAGAUUUACUAAACUCGAGGCACCACCCGAUGACGAUAUUGUGCUUGAAGCUGUUGGUCUUAAUAAAAUAUCUACUAUUGGUUUUCGUUUAUAUAGUCCAUCGGAUUCUCCAAUUUCAUUUGAAGCUUAUUUUACAUCGAAUAGUGAUCGAGCAUUUGCUGUAACACCAGACAGUGGCGAAUUAUUACCAGCAAGUUUAAAUGGUACUCUAUUAAAAGUAUUAUUUUGUCCAACUGUUUAUGGGCGAACAUCUCAUGGAAUGUUAAUUAUCAAUGCAACAGAUCAUCAAUGGAAAUAUACUGUUCGUGGUGUACUGCCUACUUAUGAACCACCAAAAAAUCGUUCAAGUUUACCUUCUGUUAAUAGUGAUGAACUAGCGAAUCGACGAGCAGCAGCGAAAAAGCGAAAUUUUAUUCUUGAAAAUCUUCAACUUCAUCAAACAGCCAUCUCUUCACCAAUAAAAGGCGCAUCUGUGUUAACGAAACCGAACGAAACAACCAGUGUUUAA